AUGGAACUUAUGAUCGCAGCGAGAAAAGCAGUUGCUGAGUUGCAAUUGGUGUAUGGCAUUGCUGUUGACAGAGUGUACACGAGCACACUUAUGACAUCUCUUGAUAUGGCAGGAUUAUCUAUUACCAUUACGAAGUCCGAUGAUAGCAUUUUGAAGAGACUUGAUGCUCCCACUAAAGCUCCAACUUGGCCUGUUGGUUCUGAAGGAAACCGUCCACCAGCAAAGUUUUCUGUUCCUCUACCACCAUCACCUUCAAUUAAGGAUGAUGAGAUUUUUGCUCCAUCUCAGGAGCUGAGCAAGCAAGGGUGUAUCCUGGAGGCUGCUAUUGAAGCAAGUGCUACUGCAAUUAUCAAUCUCAAGGAUAGCCUAAAUGAAUGGGACAGUAAAGUGGGCGAUGGUGACUGUGGAACCACAAUGUGUAGAGGUGCAACAGCUAUUCUUGAACAUAUGAAAAAGCGUUACCCUAUGGAUGAUGCAUCUAGAACAAUAAAUGAAAUUGGGGCAACAAUCCAAAGGAUGAUGGGUGGAACAAGUGGAAUCUUGUAUGAUAAUUUGUGCUUUUCGAAGGAUGUUCUUAUUGUCUCUAGAGGAAAUAGAUGA